AUGCGUGGCCGCAUGACACUUUCAGAAUUGAACGACAUUGUUGGGAAACUGGAUGAGUUUCUAUCAAUGAAGCGAAGUUUAUUGAAUGCGCCUUUCAAGAAGCUUUCCAUGAAAGACAAGGAUCAAGUGUGCAAGUGGAAGGAGGCGGAGCCUGCUCCAAUUGCUGGUCAACUGUUCUGUCAGGAAGCUGAUGUAAAGCCUCUCAUGAAAGAUCGUUCCAAAACGCUUUUCCGUACAGCAUUACCUUGUUUGCGACACGUUCGACGGCCAACGUGGUAUACGAACAGGAUAUGGAUGGCUGGAACUGGCUCGAUGUUCCAUAUGACUGUCGAGGUUGUUGGGACCCGUUGCCAUCAGUCCGCGAAAAUUACAGAAACCCAUGUAUACAAGAGGAUGGACUUGCGUGAUCAAAAGCGUGCGUUUCCAAAACGGCAGUCGAAGCGUGAACAGCAUUCAAAUGAUGAAGUAAUCCUCGAUCUCAUGCCGUACGAACAAGUGAAAAAACUUUAUCCCGAAGAGCUUUUUGCUUAUAUGGAAAGCACGUUCAGUCUACCAGAUGAAAUGUGCGCCGCGUUUGAGAAGGACGACAGCAGCAAGAAGGCUUCACGUAAGAAGAAAAAGUCAACUAAAUGA